AUGAAUCAACCAAAGUUUUUGCCAUUGGAUACUAGAGCUGCUACAACAUCUUUGAGGCAACCGAAAGAAUUACUUUCGUUUUCCAGAACUUUUGAUGGUGAAUAUGUCAAUGAUGAUUCGAGUUUGAGUUAUUACUUCUUGCCAGAUUCAGAUAUUGAUACAAAUAUCGAUUUAGGGGCUGGUUUCAAGAAGUUCAAAAAAUUUGAUGAAGAAAGAGAUGGUGAAUUUGUUGGUUUGCUAGGUGCCAUUAAGAACUAUGAAGAGAAAAAUGAUACAAAAGUUAAAGCAGAUAUAAUCACAUGGAGAGGUAUAAUGACAAAAUUGAUGACUUUGCAUCAAAACUUGAGAGAUCCACUAGACUUAAAUGUUGUGUAUUUUGAUGGUCAUAUAUUCAUGCAAGAGGAUAAAGCACUAAAGAUGUCUCGUGAAAAGAAACCAAAUCUUGAACACCAAAAAUUAAUGUAUUCUGGUUAUAAAUUUGAAACGAUAGCCACGCUGCCUAAACCAUUAACAGAAGCUUCAAGAGCAAUGAUUGAUAAAAAUUCCAAGAAAAUUACAAAUAACUGUGAACAGUACUGCUCAGUUGUUAAGACGGGGAUUGGUAAACAAAGGAUAAUAAUUGGUGGUGAAGUUGACUGUGUAUGGGAUUAUAAACCUGAAAGCGGUAACCCAUUAUCUCAUUAUGUUGAGUUGAAAACUUCAAAAGCCAUCAAUGAACCAAGUCAAUCUGUCAAGUUUGAAAAGAAAUUAUACAAAACUUGGGCUCAAUGUUUUUUAUUAGGUAUACAAAAAGUGAUUUAUGGAUUCAGAGAUGAUAAUUUGAUUCUAAGAUCGGUGGAACAAUAUAAAGUUGAUGAAAUUCCAGUUCUUUUGAAAAACAACCCUGUCAAUACAAAUCCAAGAAAGAUCAAUUGUAUCGAUUCAUUGAAAUGGUACGGUGCUGUUGUUGAAUGGAUCGUUAAAAAUGUUCCAAAAGAAGAAUCAAAAGCAUUCAGAUUAAGUUAUGACCCAUCAACAAAAUUAUUAUCAUUAUUUGAACUAACACCAGAUGUUGGUUCUAGUAUCCUUGAAGGAGGUUUGCUCACAGAGGAUUUCAAGAAUUGGAGAAUAAAUAGAAGAGACGCCAAAAAGUGA